UUUUAUAAUGUUUGUAUUUUCGUAAAAUGUCUAAGUGAUUGAAGAACCACGUUGUUCAAGACGGAAUUUAGUUAAGGUAGAUUAUAUUAGAUGUAUAAAGAAUUAAUGUAUUUUCUUAAUAGUAUCGCUUAAAUUGUUUUAUUUUUUCCAAAGAAAUAUCUUUAAUGAAUUGCUAAACUAAUCAAUGAUUAUUCAACAGGUAAAAUUUUUUUUAUAUCAUCGUGUCUUCAUAAAUAAUAACACAUGAUAAUUUAACAUGGGUAAAUUGGUAAUCACUGUAAUUUUAACAGCAGAACAUCUGUAAAUUACUUUCUGAAUCCCCACUUUUAUUUUAUUUUUCUUUAUAAUUGUUUAUCUAAUUAGUGGAUUCUGAUUUUUGUGCUUGGAUAUGGGAUUUUUUUGUUUGUAUUUUUUAGGAUGGGAAUUUCUCUAGUUUGAAAGGAAGAGUAUUAUCGCGACAAAGAGAAUAGCGUGGGAUAGUGGCCCGUUUGCUGCGACUUGGCAUUUGCCGAUUCGUCGCCAUUUGAAACCGCGAAAGACCCCAACGUAAAAGGAGCAUUACUGGCCCAAGUUCUUUAGCGAAUAAGAAGUGGGCUUUCGGUUAAAUGUAAAGAAGCCCAUCAAUGGGUGACCUUAUCUACAUAUACAGCUACAACCCCAUGCCAUCUUCCGUGGUUUAGCGGAGGGUUUUAGUUUAUUCAAAGGAAGAGGGAAAAAGAUUGGAUUUGGAUGAUGAAACUGGUGACAUUAAGUAGGCUUAUUAAUUUCUAAAUCGGUUGCUUCCAUGCAAGCAUUUGAAAGUGUGUGUAUUUUUCUCUUUUUGCACUGAUAAAUUUGGUAAAGGCUUCACAGAAUUGAUAGAAAUGGCAUUGCAACACUCGAUCCAUAUUCAAAAUUGGAUGUCUCCUCCAAAACAGAAUAAAUUGAAGCCCUUAUGUUCAAAUUUACUUAAGAUGCCUUCUUCGAAUCCAAGUUCCAUAGGAAAUGGAGUAAGAGCAUACGGGAUGGUAGAAAAAUUUGGAAAAAAGUUUAUGGGACAGGAAUUAAGUGACAGUGAUGAUGAUGACGAUGAGUCAUCAACUAAAAAGGGUCGGAUGGACGAUUCGUAUCAUUUUGAUGCUGAUGAGCGACGUGAAUGGAGAGCCAAGAUCAGGGAAGUUAUCAGUAAGCAUCCUGAAAUUCAGGAGGAGAUUGACCCUGCUGAAAAGUUGAACAAGAUGCAAAAACUCCUGGCUGAUUAUCCGCUGGUUGUAGAUGAUGAUGAUCCAAAUUGGCCCGAAGAUGCUGAUGGCUGGGGUUUCAACCUGGGUCAAUUUUUUGAUAAAAUCACUAUCAAGAAUGCCAAGAAGGAAAACGAUGACGAUGAUGAUUAUGAUAGUGAGAAGGAAGUAGUGUGGCAAGACGAUAACUAUAUUCGUCCAAUCAAAUAUAUUAAGAUUGCUCAGUGGGAAGAGACUGUAUUCAAGGACAUUAGUCCUUUAAUCAUUCUUGUCCAUAACCGCUACAAAAGGCCAAAAGAAAAUGAAAGAGCUUGGGACGAGCUGGAGAAAGCUGUGCACAUCAUAUGGAAUUGCAGGCUGCCUUCACCAAGAUGUGUAGCAGUUGAUGCUAUAGUCGAGGAUGCUUUGGCCUCUGCUCUAAAAGUGUCAGUCUUCCCAGAAAUAAUAUUCACUAAAGCUGGGAAAAUUUUAUACCGUGAGCAAGCCAUUCGAACUGCAGAUGAGUUGUCGAAAAUGAUGGCUUUCUUUUAUUAUGGAGCUGCUAAGCCACCGUGCUUAGACUUCAUUGGAAACGGACAAGAGAUGAUUCCAUCAAUUGUUAUCAAGAGUUAAAAACAAUUGAUAGCUACUUGCAUCUGUCUUAAACUCUUGUAUGAAAUUAUUGUUGUGCAUGUGACUAACUUUAUCUAGCAAGUGGUGGUUAAUGUAUUAUUUUAAAUGAUACAACUGGUUGAACUAUAUUAUUUAGGUCAUACUAAAGGUUUCUGUUUAUUUCUCUUCUUAAAUCCAAUUUUAACGUAGCUUGAAUUCAAUUCA